AUGAGCAGAUGGCCGUUGGGCAGGAGCCUAUUUCUUGUCCAUCACAUUGAAUGUAUAAAAGUUAAUGGCUUAAGUUCAAAUGUAUUGGGAUCUAUUUCGGCAGAAGGUGUGAACCUCAAAGCUGUGCAAGAAAGAACAACGAAGACAGCAAUCUUGAUGCUACAUCAUGGACAGCCGAGAACACCGUAUUAUGCCACGAAACAUUUGGCUGAAGGCUCUCAUUACUACUAUAAGAUACCACUAUGGCUUACUUCACGUGUGACACAAUUAUAUUGGCCAUUAGCGAAGAAAGUUAAUUUUUGUGUUGACGACUACAAAUACAGCGAAAACUUCUCACAUCUUGUCAGUACAUAUUCAAAAGUACUGCAAGGAUAUUUGAAUGAAUUAAUUCCGGAACAUCGUUCAUUCUACUGCACUUACGCAUUUCUUUAUGACGAACCAGCUAUUUCGAGAACGAUCAGUGAAUUGAUAAGAAAAGGUAUACAGCGGUUAAUUUUAUUACCACUAUAUCCACAUUAUUCGUGUUUUCAAACGGGGACAAUGCUAAAUAUUGCUGUUAAGGCUCUUGAUGAGCAAACAAAACCGCUGUCAAAAGAUGGUAUAUGUUCAAUGGAUUAUAGAGUGAGAACUAUGUCCCAUGUAUCAUUUCGCUGUAGUACUAUUGAUCGGUGGAGUAGUCAUCCAGUUAUUAUUAAUUUCUGGUAUAAUUUGCUAUGUACCGAACUGAAGGAUCACGACAGUUUGCUUUUUGUUGCCCCACAAAUGCGUGGUUAUAAUUCUUCCGGCUACAUGCGAGAGAUUUGGACAACUUGUUAUCGCCUGAUGGAACAUAUGAAUGAAGCCGUUCCUUGGAAACUUGCGUGGUUUAGCGGUUGGGAUCAGUGGCCAGCAACAACAUUGGAAAGCAUAAAUUUACAGUUAUAUUUCUUGAGAAGAGAAAAGCGAUAUCGUACUUUAGUUGUGCCCAUUGCAUUAAUCAUGCCUUCUUUCGAAAGCGAAAGUUUGCUACCAGAUAUUUUACAAAAUGAGGGUGUCGAUUUACUUUCACCACCUGGAUUUUCACCGGUUUUGGCACAUGGCUUUGCAGAACUAAUCAAGAAUCAUUUGAUGGGACGUAGAGCAUCAUCACAAUUAUUGCAUCGCUGUAAAUUCUGCUUUAGCUCACGUUGUUUACUUCGAGAAGCAAUGUUGGCACCAAAAGAAAUACCUUUCAACGAAAUAUUUUUAAAAAACACUUUAGGGAACGGAGAGCUAAUUCAGCAACAAAAAAGACUGCAAAUUUCGGCUUGA